AAGGGCCCCUCGCCAUUUUGGCUCAAACAAACUCCUUGAUAUUUUACCCCAAUUAAAGUGUUUUUAUAUUGUAAUAGGAUAUUUUUAUGCUAACAUAUUGUGGGGUAAAAGUAAACAUAUAACGACUUAACAUUUGUUUUGCCUUCUUUUUACGUUGUGAAAGUUGCCAGCCAAAAGUCAUGGUUUAAAGAAACCCCAGCUGAGCCAACUCAUUUCUUUGCUAAGUUUUGUUGUUGGUUGGUUUAUUUUUCACUUUGUGUAAUGGGAGGCUGCUCCGCUCCAAAUUGCUCCAAUUCCACUAGCAUAGGGAAGCAGCUGUUUAGAUUCCCCAAAGACCCUGUGCGAAAGAAGAAAUGGGUUGUGAACUGCCGACGUGACUUUGAGCCCACUCCUCACUCCAGACUCUGUCAGGACCACUUUGAGGAGAGCCAGUUUGAAGAAAUAGCCAGAUCUCCAGCUGGUGGAAAAAAGCUGAAGCCCAAUGCUAUUCCCACUCUGUUCAAUGUGGGAGACCCUCCUUUCCCUGCAGUCACCUCUCCAUAUAUCCUGCUGCCACUAAAAUCUGAAGCAGUGGAAAAGGAUCUAAACUUUGGCGAUCAUGGCUAUGCCAGACGCAAUCCUUUGUCUGGCCUUGAAGAGGAGGAUGGAGAAAGAACAUCUGAAGACCACAAUCCCUGCAUGCAGUGUCAGCUCCUUAAGAAAAAACUGGAGCAGGAGAUGCAGCACACCGCAAGACUACAAAGAGAGGCAGAAGAGAUGAAGAAGCGUCUGUAUCGGCUCGAUCGCAUCGAGAAGGGGCUCCAGAACUUUCUGUACGAGGACCAGAUCAGAGCGCUGUCCCUCACGAAGCGCUCACGGCGUGCCGUCUGGUCGCCAGAGACGAUCCUGAAAGCCAGAAAGAUCCGCUGUGCCGUCGGAACCAAAGGCUACGAGUACCUGAGAGAGAUCGGCUACCCUCUGCCCUCGUACAGGACUCUGUGCAACCGUCUGGAGACGAAGAUUAUGGUGACGACUGACAUGAGCUGUGAGGAGCUGGCAGAGCUCGGCCUGGGGCUUAUGGCCACAUGUGACAGUCCUACAGAAGGGGUCGGGGACAAUGAUGAGGAAGAACUGAUGGGAGUUUUAUCCUGAUCCCAGUUACUUACACUGAUUCUGAACUGUUGUAGAGGGAUAAGUUGAGAGAUCACACUGUCCGUGAUUUAGAAAAGUUUUGCGGCACUGGUUUUAAAGUUUUCUGGCCUUCAGGUCACCUGGCUGUACCCACCUUUUACAUCCACUCAGGUGAUGUUUGAUGCACUGGCUUACAUGUAGCCUGGAUUCAUGUUCUGCUGAUUCCUGCUGUGAUGCUGGCAUGUUAUGGUAGCCUGAACGUGUAAGGAGGAUGUGCACAAUGUAGCUCAUUCAUAUGCAUCAUGUAAAUGUGAGUGACAUUUGUUAAAAAACUCUUUGCACAUAGCUUUGUGAAAUCGCUGCUUGUUUUUACCGUCAAUUGUGAUGCAGCGGAGUCUUUUACCGGCCUUGUUCUAUACAUUUAAAAAAAUUAAGUGUAAUGCAAACGGAUAAACAUGCUGCACAUUUUUUGUACUCUAAAAAUACUGUAUUUGGUUUAUCCAGAUUAACAAAUCGAAACAUCCUCCAGUUUUCAGUAAUGCAGUUUACUGUCAGACUAACUAACAUAACCAUCUGAUCUCUCUUUAAAUCAUUAAAAACGCUGUGUAGAAUGUAGACAUUGGCUGGUUUCUGUCACUUAGCUAUGUCUUGAUUAAUCAGAUUUUAUGUUUAACAUUUCAUGAUGGAAUUACUCCUGAUUUAUAGGGAAGGGAUUGGGAUUAACAAAGUGUUCACCUCAUCCCAAUCCUAUUCAAAUAUGUACACUAAAUCAACAGAAUAUGGAUAUUUUGUUGCCUUUUUUAUUAUUAUUUCCUUUAUUUUCAUUUUUUGUUUUGAUCAUGGGUGCCGAAGUCAAGUCCAAUAAAACAGCUAAAUUCCCA